AAGGAAGUAGAGACGCAAGAAACCAGCUCGUUUAAGGGGGUGUUUACCUGAUACUUACAAAAUAAAAUCUGUAAUGUAAUGCCGUUAAAUCGCGAGCUGAGGAAGGAUAUGUCUUAAUGUAUUUCAUACCUGAGGCCAGGAUUAGUGAGAGGACCUCUCGUCCGUACGUUAUCCACAUGAGGAAUGCUGGGAGCAUGCAGCCUGUGUACAGAAGAGACGCUGGAGUCUGGAACCAAACGAGAAGUCUUCUCUACAAGAAUCUGCUCAUCAAAUGGAGGACCAAGCAGCAGAGCCUGCAGGAAUUGAUCCUCCCUCUGCUCCUGUUGGGGCUCCUGAUACUCAUCAGCACCCUGAAUCCUCACGUUUACUAUGGCGGCAUCAGCACAACGGAGCUGGAGAGUGACAGCCACUUCUUCAAAGGCCUCGGCUACACACCAAUCAGCAACAUCACCACUUACAUCAUGGAAGAGGUGGCUCAGAAUAUGCUUAUGCAGGAUCGUCUGGAGAUGUUCUCCAGUGAGGAGGAUCUGGAGAACGCCAGCCUCUACGAGCCCUCCAGCUACGUCGGCGUCGUGUUCAUGGACAGCUCGGCCACAUCUUACAAACUCCGUUUCCCGCACAACCAGCUGCCUUUACCCAGCGACUACACAGAGUCUAUUGCCAGCUGCUUGUCGAGCUCGGUAAACUGCAGGGCUGCAAAUUACUGGUACUCCGGCUUCAUUCACCUCCAGUCUCUGAUCGACGCAGCCAUUAUCCAGAUGCAGACAAAACGUUCAGUGUUGAGCGAGCUCGAACUGAAGGCGGUGAUGAUGGGUCAGCCCGGCUCUGUGGAGGUUCAGAAGUUCCCCCACGCCCUCAUCUCCAUCUACCUGGUCCUGGCGUUCACGCCCUUCGUCACCUUCCUCAUCGUCAACGUGGCGGCUGAGAAGGAGCAUCGUCUCAAAGACACCAUGACCAUGAUGGGGCUUUACGACACAGCCUUCUGGUUAUCGUGGGGCCUCCUGUACGCUGCUCUGGUGACCACCAUGUCCAUCCUGAUGGCCAUCAUCGCGACGUACACAGCGUUGUUUCCUAACAGCAACUUCCUCGUCAUCUUUUUCCUCAUAUUCCUGUAUGGAAUAUCAUCAAUCUUCUUCUCCUUCAUGCUGACUCCGCUGUUUAAGAAGCCCAAGUUCGCCAGCACGGUGGGAUCCAUGCUGACGGUGGUGUUUGGCUGCUUGUCGCUCUUCACCGUCCUCGUGAAGGAUUUCCCGCAGCCGCUGGUGUGGCUUCUGUGCCUGCUGUCGCCCAGCGCCUUCUCCAUCGGCAUUGCACAGAGGCUUCUGGGCAUUGAGGAGAAGAACAAACUGAGAUCCCACAGCAAGUUUGAAAAGCCCUCCAGCGGUGUGCAGAGUGAGUUUGGAAUGCGGAGGUCCUUGAUUUACUUCCUGAAGCCGUCCUAUUGGUCCAAACGCAGAAAGCGCUAUGUUGAGGUGAGCUCGGUGUAUGACACCGAGCUGAACGGCGCUCCUGGUGGGGACGAGUCUAUCGAGCCGGUUUCUCCCGAGUUCAGAGGGAAAGAAGCCAUCCGCAUCAAUAACAUCCGCAAAGUGUACAAAGAAAAGGACAACGUGGUGGAGGCUCUGAGGGGUUUGACCUUUGACAUCUAUGAGGGACAGAUUACAGCUCUGCUGGGACACAGCGGGGCUGGAAAGUCCACCCUCAUGAACAUCCUGUGCGGGAUCUGCCCGCCGACGAACGGCACGGCCACCAUCUACGGCUCGCCCGUGGCAGAGAUUGCCGACGCGUCCGAAAUGAAGCAGCUGGUGGGAAUCUGCCCUCAGUUCAACAUCAUCUUUGAUGUGCUCACGGUGGAGGAGCACCUGAGGAUAUUUGCUGCCAUCAAAGGGAUCCCACGAGCAGACAUCGACGCCGAGGUCACAAAGGUGCUGAAGGACCUGGACCUGGAGAAGAUCAUGACGGCUCAGGCCAAGAAUCUGAGCGGAGGCCAGAAGAGGAAACUGUCUGUGGGCAUCGCCAUUCUAGGAGAUCCCAAGAUCCUGCUCUUAGACGAGCCCACGGCCGGCAUGGACCCCUACUCCAGGCACCAGGUGUGGUCUCUGCUGAAGAGUCGCCGGGCCGGCAGAGUCACUGUGCUCAGCACGCACUACAUGGAUGAGGCAGACAUCCUUGCUGACCGCAAAGCCGUGAUCUCUCAAGGUCAGCUGAAGUGUGUUGGCUCUUCUCUGUAUCUCAAGAUCAAGUGCGGUGUGGGCUAUCAUCUAAGAAUGUCUAUCAGCGAGGCAUGUGACGCGGAAAAGAUCACGUCUUUGGUUAAGCAGCACGUUCCCAAAGCCAAGUUAUCCCGACAGCACGAGGCGGAGCUGACCUUCACUCUGCCCUUUGAGAGCAUGGACACGUUCCCAGGCCUGUUCUCGGAGCUCGACUCUCAACCCAGACUGGGAAUAGUCAACUAUGGUGUUUCCAUGACAACGCUGGAAGAUGUUUUUCUGCGUUUGGAGGCGGAGGCUGAAGUGGAUCAGGCUGACUACAGCGUGUUUAAUCGAGAGCAGGCGGACGACGAGUGCGACGCCGCCUCCCUGGACGACACGGACCAGAGGCUGCUCACGUUCUCCGACACAAAGUCGGACGUUGUGACGGGUCACGCCCUGUGGCGGCAGCAGUUCAGCACCGUGGCGUGGCUGCACAUGCUCAACAUGCGCCGGGAGAGGAAGGCCUUCAUUUACACUCUGGCCUUGUUCCUGGUGUUUGUGGCUGCAGUCCUGGUUUUGUCGCUGGCCACAGGAAACAUCCAGAUUCACUCCUCAGACCGCCAAUUUCUGCCAAUUUACCUCCUCAGGAGGAACCAGGCGCCGCAGAGAUACGCCACAAGCCUCCUGGUUCAGAACUCAACUGGCUCUGAUAUUUCCGAUUUCAUCCACAACAUCGAGUCUCAGGACAUCAAAGUGGAAAUGAUGAAGCAGAGCGACUACAUGGCGGCGGCUCCCCACAGCGCUGCCAUCAACGUAACAAGAUCCAGCAAGGGUUUCAGAUACAGCGUUGCAUUUAACAGCACGACUGUUCACUCCCUGCCCAUGACUGUCAAUAUACUGAGCAAUGCUCUUCUAAGAGGUCUGAAUGGGACCGGGCAGAUCCGAACGUGGACCAAACCCUUUGAAUAUCAAAUCCCUGAUGCUACAUCCUACGCGCUGGUGUACAUAGAGGCGAUCAUACUGGGAAUGCUGGCAGCUGGAAUGCCGGCAUAUUUUGCAAUGGACCACACUCGAGACCGAGAGAUAAAGUGUCGCUCAACUCUGCGCAUCUCUGGUCUCGUACCGUCAGCGUACUGGUGCGGUCAGGCAGCGGUGGACAUCCCGUUCUAUUACCUCAUCCUGUCCUUCAUGUCCAUCAUCCUUUUCUCCUUCCACACCGGAAACCUGCUCAACUCCAGCAACCUCUCUGCGGUGGUUCUCUGCACCGUUGGCUUCAGCCCAGCCAUGAUUCUCUUCACUUAUGUGUCGUCUUUCGGCUUCGCCCGAGUCCAAAGCAACAGGGAUUUUUUCUCCGUCAUCUCCAUGAUGGUGUGCGUCGUGUCAGCCUCGGUGGUUCAGUUGUCCUUCGUAAACAACAAUCCAGUUUUGACAAGAACCCUGCACAACCUCUUGUGUUUGUUCAACCCGCUGUACCCUCUCAUGGGCUGUCUNNUCUCCGUUUCUCAGGCCACCUUCCUCCCGACUGUCUACGAGGAGAACUUCCUGUGGAAGAACCUGCUCAUUUCAGUUUUAGCUCCCUAUCUCCAGUGCAUCGUUCUGCUUUUCCUGCUUCGCUGGCUGGAGAUCCAUUCUGGAGGAAGGACGAUGAAAAACGAUCAGCUCUGCAGGAUCUCAUCCCAGUCCAAGGCCAAGGUGGAGAGGAACCUGGAAGAAGGCCAGAAUGAAGACGAAGAUGUGCAGAUGGAAAGGGCCAGAGUCAAAGAGGCCCUCAGCUGUCAGUCCUGUGAAGAGAAACCGGUCGUGGUUGUUAGUAACCUGAAGAAGCAGUACAAGGGCAGGAGAGAAGGAUUUUCUCUAAACAAGAAGAGGAAGCUGGCCACAAAGAACGUCUCUUUCUGUGUCCGUAAAGGUGAAGUUCUUGGACUUUUGGGCCCCAACGGAGCAGGAAAGAGCACCAUCAUGCACAUGUUGGCCGGUGACACUGACCCCACUGCAGGCCAGGUGCUGCUGGGAGACUACAGCACUGAGUUUCGCUCAGUGGACAAUCCUCUGGAGCACGUGGGCUACUGUCCACAGGUGAACCCUCUGUGGCCUCGGGUCACUCUGCAGGAGCAUCUGGAGAUCUACGCCGCCAUCAAAGGCCUGAAAGGAGAGGACGUGCCGGGGAUCAUCAAACGUGUGGUGAAUGCUCUGGAGCUGAAGGACCACUUACACAAACAAGCCAAGACUCUGUCUGCAGGACUCAAGCGGAAGUUGUGUUUUGCCUUGAGCAUGAUCGGGAAUCCUCAGAUCGUCUUACUGGAUGAGCCUUCAUCAGGGAUGGAUCCAAAGUCCAAACAGCGCAUGUGCUUUGCUACGCUAAUGGUUUACAAGAUCCCCAUGGAGGACGUCCAAUCACUGGCCAAGUCUUUCGCCCAG